AUCCCAUUGGUUCAGUUUCAGUUCCCUUUUAUUAUUAACCCCCAAUCCAGAAACAGGUUUCCAACUCACUCUCUCUCUCUCUCUCUAUCUAUACUCAAUAAAUUACUAGCAAAACCCUUAAUUAUUACCAGCCACCACAGCCACUUUCAUCAAUUCCUCUAAUCUUCACAUAACAACAACAACACAUUCGUUCUAUGUGCCUACAACUAUUACUAAUUCUACAUGGAUGGCAACCCUUUUGGAAACGUGCCAGUGCCACCUCCUCCAAUACAAGUCCCUGACUUGGUUAUCUCUUCCUCCACCUCAGCACCCACAACACCAACCCCAACCCCAACAACAUCCUCGCCAUCUCCGACACCCUCCGCUGCUGUCCGGUACCGGGGAACCCGGUGUCGGAGUGGUAAAUGGGUGUCGGAGAUACGUGAGCCACGUAAAACGAAGCGCAUUUGGCUUGGAACAUACCCGACAGCGGAAAUGGCUGCAGCGGCUUAUGAUGUGGCUGCGCUUGCGUUGAAGGGGCCAGACACGCCCCUUAACUUCCCUAAUUCGAUACUCUCGUACCCAAUUCCUGCGUCAUUGUCGGCCACGGAUAUUCGAGCGGCUGCUGCAGCUGCUGCACAAGCGAGGAUGGUGAGGCCAGCACAAGAGAGUGGAGAAAUGAUAAGAAACCCUGGUGGUGAUGGGUCUUCGAGUGGACAAGGGUUGGAGACGCGUGAGGAGUACAUUGAUGAGGAUGAGUUGUUGAACAUGCCCAAUUUGCUUGAUGACAUGGCCAGGGGAAUGCAGGUUAGUCCCCCUAGGAUGAGUUCCUUUUCUUCCGAUGAUUCGCCAGGGAAUUCUGAUGGAGAUAACCUUUGGAGUUAUACUCUUUGAACAAUGAUUUAUCAUAUGUAUCAAUGACUAAGGUUGCGUUGCGCGGUGUAUAUAGAACAUUCAACUACUGUUCAAGGGAUGAUGAGGUCACUUUCAUCGCCGCAGAUUUUAGGGAAUGGUCUAGAUGAUCCGUUGCUUGUUAGAUCCGUAGUUCCGUACAAUCUAAUCAGUUGGGGGCAACUAGCUAGAAGGAUUCUACUUUUGAUCAUGGGUCUUUCUCGAUCUAUUAAUACAUGUAUACCAUUCUAUGUGUGGGGUUUGCCCUUUUUGGUACUUUUGCCGCAGAUUUGUAUUCAAUCAAUAAAACUACUUCUGGCAGUUUCUUUGAAAUGGUGCUAGAAAUGUGUAGAACUUUCAAGAUAUGUAAGCUUUUUAAAAUGAAUUAACGAUCAUGUAUAUGCAAGAAUCUCGUAUAUCUCUUGUGC